CUACACGCAGUCAUCAUGGACCUGGUUUAGGGUUAGGUGACCAAAAUGGAUCCCCAGCAAAUGGACAAAGGCUGCAAUAACACCAGGAUCCCAUGAACCAUCCUUGGAACAUUCCGACUGAGAAAGACAAGCAGAGGAUUAGAGAAAAGGGCUUGUUGAUUAUUAAACCUAUUCUUGAGGAAUUAAGAGGGUUAGAAAAGGGAAUUGAUAAGAUCUUGGAUCGUUGUGUUUCUUUUGAAACAAUCAUAGCAGGAAUUGAUGAAUUAUCGGCAUUUAAGAUACACGGACCUGCAAGGCAUAAUUGUCUUGAUUGUGGGAUAUCAAAUUGUACAGCAUGGGUAGCUUUGUUUUGCGGAAUGUGUGAAAAAAUAUUUUGGGUUAAACAAGUAUUUUUGAGAACAUUGUGGUGUCCCAGCUGUGAAUUCAAAAGUGGUUCUUGUAAUUGGCAGCGGGAAUUACAACGGCAAACUAGGGUAUCUACACUUGCCUCUUUAGCAUUGUAUGAAUCAUUUGAACAAAAAGUUUUGGCUUAUAAUCGAUUUGAAGCAAAAGCUUGCGUUAAAAGAAUACGAGGACAGGCAAAAUCAAAGUUAUUAGCAUUUCUUUGUAUUAACAAAGUGCCUUUUUCAAGGCACUCGUUAUUUGGCCCUACUAAGGGAGAUUUAAAGAAAGAACUAUAUAAAGCAAUAGAGAAGAAGAGCAGGAACGACGUGUAAUUAUGUCUUUACAUAGAUAUGCUUGGUUAUUUAGCAUUGUAAUAGUCACAGUAACAGGAAUAACGUAGUUCAAUCAACCAAGAGAAAAUCUUUGGGUAACAUUUGCCAAGCAGCUCAAUCAGUCUUCUCUCUGUCUUAGUUUAGGUGGUGUUACCAAUCCUUUUCGAACGUGUUUGAUCGGCCUACCUGUGUGGAAAUCAGAGGAAUUUUGUGGUCUUGUAGAUAAUGACACACUCUGUAGAAAUCUAUCCUCAGUAAAGAUAGCAGAAGGACCCAUAAAGAUCAAGGGGACUCCACCACUUGAAGAUGCCUAUCAGCAGUGUCAGUUAAUACUGUCACUUAAUACCACCUUGCAUUCACCCCCUGAAGAGUUAAACCUCUUUGGAAGUGCGAAUGCCAGUUUAAGCAAUUCCUCAGGGGGAUGGGUCGACUUUGAGCCUAUAAGUGACAAGGCGCCCCGACCGUGGUUAAAACACAGGGGCACUUGGGCUACUUUGGACUCUAAUUUAGAUUGGUUUAGUGUUAUGGACCAAACGUUUGAUAAAUGCAAUGCCAGCAAAAUCGACACCCCAAAAAGGCUGCCGAGGGGCAUCUUCUUGAUUUGUGGAGAUAGAGCAUGGAAUGGCAUACCGGCGCAACCACAAGGAGGGCCUUGCUAUCUUGGCAAACUAUCACUGUUUCACCCUAAUAUAUCCUUGAUCAUGCAGUGGAGCCAAAACACGAGCAGGAAAGAACGGAGCGUACAUGAACUUGAUUGUAGCUCUUUAGGGCCUAUGCGGUUUUGGAGUGAAUUUAGACAAGUUGCAACUGCAGUGAUACUACCUGGAGCGGCUGCUAGAAAGGCAUUACGAUUAAUCGAACAACUAGGCUGUUGGGCAAAAGAUGAGCUAAAUACAACUUCACAAAUCCUAGAUAUGCUCACAAGUGAUGUGCAGAGUGUAAAUCACGCAGUACUGCAAAAUAGAGCUGCCAUUGAUUUCUUACUUUUGGCCCAGGGACAUGGAUGUGAAGAAUUUGAGGGAAUGUGUUGCAUGAACUUGACCGAUCAUUCAACGUCUAUACAUGCAAAAUUAAGAAAGUUGCAACAAGGCCUGCAUCAGUUAAAGCAAGAAGAUGGGCGGGGAAUUGAUACUUGGCUACAAUCGAUGUUUGGACCAUUAUCUCCUUGGCUCCUCUCAGUGAUCAAGGAAAUCUUGCGUGGGGCAGGCCUGGUAUUAUUAGUAAUAAUCGCUUUUAAAAUAAGCUAUCAUUGUAUUAUGCAAAGCUUGGCUAAGAAUCAUACUGCUUUGCUUGUUCAAAAAGAAAAAGGGGGAAAUGUUGGGAAAUGGUUAAAUGAAGAAGGACAUGAGGAUGUUGAGAAAGGGAUUGAGGAAUGGCUGGAUGAGCAAAGGCAUGGGUCAGUGGACUGAACCUUGAGUUUCGAGUACAUCAUAUGGGAACGGUAAUGAGCUUUGAGUCCUUGAGUAUUAAUGAGCCCCAAGUCCUUGAGUUUUAAAUACAUUCUGUAAAGACAGUAAAACAUCAGGAUAAGGAACUUUUGAGGGCCAAGCGGAUCCUUCACAAGGAAGCAAGAUGAAAUAUUGCGCACAGCUGUAACCGCAAGGCAACUAUGAAGAAAUAAACAAAGUCUGAAGCUCUAGCAUGGCCACAACGAAUCAGUAUUAGACAAGUGUUUGUACUAACCAAUCAAGUUUAGGGAAUGACUAAGUAGAAUGUAGUGAAAGAUAUAUAAACCGCAACUGUAAUCAAUAAAGUUGAAGCU